AAACAUGAGGAAAAGACUGGCGCACUCGUGGAAAAGAAUUAUAAUAUUUGUUAUUUUCGCUGUCUGCACCACACAGGCGUUGGAUUCACACGAUGCCAACCAAGACACUACUGGUAGUCUGGUACAAUCUGCUGGCUCGCCACAAAACACAAUUGUUAAUACAUCUAAUGUUAACAGUAACAAUAGCACAGGCAACACUAAUAAUAUAACCGCAAGUGUCUCACCUGUACUGUCCACCGCAACUUCAGUGGCGCCAAUAAGGAGAAACACAACUGGAAACUCGUCUACAACAGUCACGGAGCCAUCAUUAAUUGAUUCUCAUGCAGUUGAACAGGAACACAAUUCGUCGCUAUCGCUUUUUUUUGUGAUAUGCGUAAUUAUGCUGGGCAUACUUUUGAUACACUCAAUGCUUCAAACUGGAUUUCAAUAUUUACCCGAAUCGAUUGUCGUAGUCUUCUUGGGUGCCUUUAUUGGCCUCUCGCUGAAUGUGAUGUCUGGCGAAAAUAAUAGUUGGAAACGAGAAGAAGUAUUCUCUCCAAUGGGCUUCUUUCUCGUCCUUCUACCGCCGAUUAUAUUCGAGUCUGGAUAUAAUCUGCACAAAGGCAAUUUCUUUCAGAACAUUGGCUCCAUAUUGGUGUUUGCUAUUUUUGGUACAACAAUAUCUGCCUUGGUAAUUGGUGCUGGCAUUUACUUAUUGGGAAUGGCUGAGGUAGCAUAUCGACUUAAUUUUUCCGAAUCAUUUGCCUUUGGUUCGUUGAUUUCGGCCGUCGAUCCUGUGGCGACGGUGGCUAUCUUUCAUGCCCUUGAUGUCGAUCCAAUCCUUAACAUGUUGGUCUUUGGAGAAAGCAUACUCAAUGAUGCCAUAUCCAUUGUCUUGACAGCAUCCAUCACCAUAAAUGCGAACGCCGAUGCAAACACUGGUGAAGCAAUGAUGAGCGCCUUAAAAACGUUUUGCGAAAUGUUUUUUGCAUCUGCUGGCAUUGGAGUCAUAUUCGCACUCAUAUCAGCACUGUUACUCAAACACAUCGAUCUACGAAAGCAUCCCUCUUUGGAGUUUGCAAUCAUGCUUAUGUUCACCUAUGCACCCUAUGUCUUGGCAGAAGGCAUACACUUGAGCGGUAUCAUGGCUAUACUCUUUUGUGGCAUCGUGAUGUCACAUUACACGCAUUUCAAUUUAUCGACUGUGACGCAAAUCACCAUGCAGCAGACUAUGCGAACACUGGCAUUUAUUGCAGAGACAUGUGUCUUCGCUUAUCUGGGACUGGCAAUUUUUUCAUUUAAGCAUCAGGUUGAAAUGUCAUUCGUCAUCUGGUCGAUAGUGCUAUGCCUAAUUGGACGAGCCUGUAAUAUCUUUCCGCUGGCAUAUUUGGUGAAUAAGUUUCGUGAACAUAAAAUUAACAACAAAAUGCAGUUCAUCAUGUGGUUUUCUGGUCUACGAGGAGCUAUUUCGUAUGCCUUAUCACUCCAUCUGCAUUUGGAUAGUCAAGAGAAACGGCAUGUUAUUAUCACAACGACUCUCAUCAUCGUACUUUUCACAACACUCGUUCUGGGUGGCUCCACCAUGCCCCUGCUUAAAUAUCUUAAGCCUGGAAAGAAACGACGGGCUCGUGGAUCUGUGCGAUCGACGAAUGGAAGUUCGUUCUCAAAUCGAAAACGUAGCAAGUCAAUAUCCCUCUCAAAGACUAGAGAAUGGGGCCAAGCAAUCGAUUCCGAACAUUUAUCUGAAUUGACCGAGGAAGAGGAUGUCACGUUUACCCAGGCUAGAGAUCGUUUUGGCCGCUUAGAUCGCAAGUAUUUUAUUCCGUUUUUUACACGGCGAUUCAACAGCCAGGAACUUAACGAAUGCAAGUCUCAAAUGGCGGAUUUGACCAACAAAUGGUAUCAGGCUAUACGCAUAAGUCCUCUAGAUUCAGAUGAAUCAGACGAUGAGAUUGGGCUCUCAGCUACAACAAGUCAAAGCAAUUUGACGCGAUCUUAAAUUUACCAGAUUAUUCUAAAACAAUAUAUCUUAGUGGCCAAAAUUCAAAUAUAGUCAGGCAUACUACAAAGAGUACUAAUUAUAUUAUCAAUAUUUUGUAAAGUGUGCAAGUGCAAUUGUUUUUCAGUAGAAAAAUCAUUAAUUUUAAAUGUAGAGUUUAGUAUGGAUAGUAUUUGUUGUAAACUCAACAAUGUUUUAAUUUAUGUUAAUUGAUUGCCCUUGGUAUACUGUUUCGUAUAUCUUAUAUAUCACUAAUGUUACCUCAUUUUAAAAGUGCAUCAAACAGUAUUCAUUCUGUUUAUUUGUUUUUUAUUCAGCUGUCU